GUGCUAGGUACCAUGCAGACCCAGGCACAAGGAUAGAAGCUGUCUGGGCCCAGCUCUCCAUCCAUACCCCUCAGACUCGGGAACCUCCACCCCAGCCAAGCUUCCUCUCUGCUGCCAAACAAGGUCGGACAACGUGCAGGGAAGCAGCUGUGGAAUAUUAACACCCAACACCUUGGAAAAGCAGAGGAAGCAGAAAGUGUCAGCAAUCAUGAAGGAAAUUCAUGGAAACGAAGUAGAUGGUAUGGACCUGGGCAAAAAACUCAGCAUCCCCAGAGACAUCAUGCUGGAAGAGCUGUCAGUCCUCAGCAAUCGAGGGGCCAGAUUGUUCAAGAGGCGCCAGAGGAGAUCAGAGAAGUACACGUUUGAAAACUUCCAUUGUGAAUCCAAAGCAGAAAUGAAUUACAGGCUCGCUAUGCAAAAUGGAAAUUUGGAUGGUAUCAGCAUGGAAGGUGGCUCUCAGCACGGCCCACUGACCCCUCCUAACACACCAGACCCCCGGAGUCCACCCAACCCAGAAAACAUUGCACCAGGAUACUCUGGACCGCUGAAGGAAAUUCCUCCUGAGAGAUUCAACACCACAGCUGUACCCAAGUACUACCAAUCUCCCUGGGAGCAAGAGAUUAGCAAUGAGCCAGAGCUUUUGGAGGCUUUCUACCCCAAACUCUUUAAGCCGGAAGAAAAGGCAGAGCUGCCAGACUUCCGAAGCUUUAACAGAGUUGCCAUGCCAUUUGGAGGAUUUGAGAAGGCAUCCAAAAUGGUCAAAUUCAAAGUUCCAGAUUAUGACCUGCUCCUGCUAACAGAUCCCAGAUUCAUGGCUUUUGCCAAUCCUCUCUCCAGCCGGCGGUCCUUCAAUAGAACUCCUAAGGGAUGGAUAUCAGAGAACGUUCCCAUAGUGAUCACCCCGGUGCCUACAGAGGAGAAUGCCGUACCCGAAACAGAUGACCUGUGAGGAGCAGCGCAGGCUCUAAUGCUCUCAUCCCCUCUCGCUGAAAUGGAGGCCCCUCUUCUUGCCAGGAGGCUUAACAGAGCGCUUGGUGCCUUAGAUCUAAUGGAUAACCACUUAAGCUACAGUAUUCCUUAUGUGGAGGCUUGUCUCAUUUGCACAUAGAAUACGAAUAAAAGAAACCGAUCAGCAAAA